AUGUUCAGAGCCCUAAUGGAGGCAACAGGCAGCAAUGAAACUAAACUUCUUCUAUCAUGGGUUUUCAAAAGCCGCAUUUGUACAGCUACAUCUGGCCUUCUUAGUCCUCGUGAAGCUGAGGUUUCACAGAGUGGUCAUCUUUUGGCCUCUUGCGAUCCGAACGAUCCUGUUGUUCCCCCCUCCGAUCGUAUUCUACAACGUGUCCUGGCUUUCUCUGAGUCCAGAGAGGAACUUCUAUGCCUCGUCUAUGAUAAGAAGACGGAAGAGCAAUCUUUUUUGGCUCUAGACAUUAGGAAUGUCUCCUGUCCCAAAGAAUCUUGGUCCUUUCCUCAACCCCUUGCAUCAUAUCGGCAGCCCAGGCAUUCUCGAUCUCGCCUUAAUACUGCAUUGACAACUGCUGCAGCCUAUGACCACAUGACCAGCAACUUUAUUGCUCUUCUGCUACCUGAGCCAUUUAUUGCUUCUUCUGCCGCAGCUAUCGCCUCUAAUGGCGGUGAUGCUUUGGCACCUGAUUUCUCCUCUGCCUUGUCCGAGCCGGUUGUUGGCUGCAUACUUAGGCCACCCAAGUUAAUGCAGCGUUUACCUACAACUGCUAAGCAAAGGCCAGAUUUGCAAUUCUUUCUUUGCUCACCGAUCUCGGUUUUGGGGCAGCCAAUAGUCGAUGAUAGACCCGAAUCUAAGGCGUUUAUAGCUUCGAGUCUUGCAUGGGCUUUGCAAGACAGUAUUUUAAUCUCAGCUCUUCCAACUGGAUCUCUCGUUUACUGGCGCCUCCCUUCUGAAACUCAUACGCCUCUACUCUUUCAGCAACACCGGCAUUUCCCUGAACAUAGCUCGGAUUCAUCAACCCCAUCUGAGCUGUAUAACGACUCCAAAGUCGAUAUGCGACCUAUGAGUAUCGUUUGCCGUCCCCUUCUUAUGCAUCCUUAUCAUACUAUCUCCCCCUCGAGUUGCAUAGCCUCGAAGGCAGAAGGAGACAACGGAAAUAUAGCUGCCUUGGGAAAGCUUCUUGUCCUACUUUCUGUCUCUCCGCUGGACACCAGUCUCCUCGCAUCUGCUGUCUUUCCCUGUUCUGUUAAAGAAUCGAGUUCCGAUUGUCCUGUUGCUCCACAUGGUGCUGGCGCUGGCGGCCGCGUACACCUUUGGCGGCUGCGCAUCUUGGCGGGUGAAAAUGCCGGCUUCGCAGCAGACCUUUUGGCAAUUUGUUCGCCACAUUGUGAGAUUGACCUCUCUCGAAAGUUGGCUCAUGGACAAGGUACAUUCCAAGACGUUUCGCCCGCAUCGGAAUCGUCAGUUGGCCUUGAAAUUCUUAUGACCGAUCUACAACUCGUCAAGGAAUCAAGUGGAGUCGAUCCUUUGACCAAUUAA